AUACCAAUAUGGACCUCCUUGCUGAACACCACCUGCAGGGAACUUCAGCUGUAUUCUAUAUCCCAAACUUCAUCUCCGAAGAUGAGGAACAGUACUUACUACGGAAGAUAAAAGAUUCCCCAAAGCAGAAAUGGAAGAUGUUGAACAAUCGCAGGUUUGCUCCUUCAUUCCAUACAGGGGGUGAAGUCCUCCAGAAGAACAUUCUUCCCGAUGUUCUAGGACGUCUCAGACUCCUUGGCGCCUUCAACCAAUCCCCACACAAAGGACCCAAUCACGUUAUACUGAACGAAUAUCAUCCAGGACAAGGCAUUAUGCCCCACGAAGACGGUCCCUCAUAUCACCCAGUCGUCGCAACUAUUUCCUUAGGAUCGCAUACUAUCUUCCAUUACUAUCAGUAUAAUAAGGAUAAAGACAGUUUGAGUGUUGACCCCGGAUCGACUCGGAUGGGACGUAGCGUCAAUCCAGCACCUUCAUUGUCAUUGUUUUUGGAGCCUCGCAGUGUUGUGGUUACGACUGGGGAACUUUACACAACGCAUCUGCAUGGCAUAGACGAGGUAGAUGCCGACACAAUCGUCAAUCGCCACAUGAUCAAAGACGAGACUGUCGUGAGAAUGAUUGAAUCGGGAGGGUACAGUCUCACUUGUCGCGAUGUCGAGAAAGUGGCAAGUGGGAGGGUAGCAGGAGUCGUCAAUCGUACUUGACUAUGGUAGCCUUUGGCCUAGAAGGACGACACCCCCACGUUCAAGUCCUUUGAGAGCCUUGAAGAAUAACAUUCUUACAUCACAACAGUUACGCUUGGACUUGAUUUGGUCAAGGUGUCGAUCGAGGUAUAGUAUAUCAUUUGAUCCCACAAGGCGCUUCCUUUCCUCUUCCCCACAUAAUUGUCAUAUACGAUAAUGAUAACCUACGUGGCUUCCUUGGGUGCAAGGGACACUUCAGCAACUUCUGCUUCCCCGAGGACGUCCUUGAUGCCAGGACAGCUAUCAUCUUCGCAUAGUGCGCCACUGUGCGCGACGAUGUUUGCUUGUGGUGCUCACUCAACAGCACCGAGUAUCGCUCGGGCGGCACGUUGGAUUACAGCAACUAAGAUUAUGUCUGCC